AUGUGGAAGUGGCUGCCAUCGCUGGCACUCCUCGCUGGCGCCGGGAGUGCCACUUGCUUGACUCCACCCUACAUCAGCAGCCCUGGGGACUCUCUUCCGAUGGGCGAAACCGGUGUGGGUGAUGCCCUGCUACCAGCAACCGCUCUUGCUGUGGCCUUGGUCGCGCUUGAUGAGGUCCAACCCAACGACUUGUUGCAAGAAGAGGAGGAGGAUCGUGCGCCCGACCUUCCCCGCCCUAAACUUUCAAGAGGACAGCGAAAGAGGAAAGACGUGCAGAAAUGCGCUUGGGCAAAGAUGUCGGAGGAUAAGGACCUCGGGCGGGUUCCGAGCUAA